CCUCUAUAUCACAUACAUAAACACAAGCUAUCUCAGCUGCUUCUUCUUCUUCUUCUUCUUCUAUUUUAUCCACAUUUUGGGUAUUUAAUUUUUAAAAAAUGGUUUCUCUUGCUCCUAAUUGUGUUCUGAAACUGUUCCUCCUAGUCUCUGUCUUUCAAGUCUCUUUUGGUGCUAGAAAGCUUAAUGAGCUAGUGCAAGAUCAGCCUCAGCUCUUGAGUUACCACAAUGGUCCUCUUCUUUCUGGUAAAAUCUCAAUCAACCUCAUCUGGUAUGGCAAAUUCAAGACAUCCCAGAAAGCCAUCAUCUCAGAUUUUAUCACUUCAUUGUCAGCUCCAUCACCCCAAAUUGUCCAGCCCUCUGUUGCUACCUGGUGGAAAACCAUCGGCAAAUACUACCACCUCACCUCCAAAAAGUCCACCCUUUCCACUGCUUUGGGGAACCAAAUACUAGAUGAAACAUAUUCUCUAGGAAAAUCACUCACUAAUGAACAGAUUGUUCAGUUGGCCUCAAAGGGAGAUCAGAUGAAUGCUAUUAACGUUGUACUCACGUCCUCUGAUGUAGUUGUUGAAGGGUUUUGCCUCAACAGAUGUGGGACUCAUGGUUCUGCUUCUGGAUCCAAAUCUGGUCAUGUUAAGGGCAAGAACUAUAAAUUUGCCUACAUUUGGGUUGGUAACUCAGAGACUCAGUGCCCUGGUUUCUGCGCCUGGCCAUUUCACCAGCCAAUCUAUGGACCACAGAGCCCAUCAUUGGUUGCACCCAACAACGAUGUGGGUAUUGAUGGUAUGAUAAUCAACUUGGCUAGCCUUUUGGCUGGGACUACCACGAACCCAUUUGGAAAUGGAUACUUCCAGGGUCCAAAAGAGGCGCCAUUGGAGGCAGCAUCAGCUUGCCCUGGGGUUUAUGGGAAAGGGGCUUAUCCGGGUUAUGCCGGCAACUUACUGGUAGAUUCCAGUACUGGUGCUAGCUACAAUGCAAAUGGAGAAAAUGGCAGGAAGUUCCUGCUUCCUGCUCUGUAUGAUCCUUCUACAUCUUCUUGUUCAACCCUGGUCUGAAAAUGUUGGAGGCAUUUGAUUUAGGAUUUCCCCUAAGAUUAGAUUUGGAGUUAUUAGUGGAACUAAUGUAUAUGCUGCACAUAUAGAGAUUAGAGAGAGGGAUGUUGCAAUUGAUUUAUUUUUAUUUUUAUCUUUUUUUUGUUGUUGUUGAUUAAUAACAGAAAAGCAAUGUAUCUUGCUUUGCUUUUUAAUGAAAAUGGCUUUCUUCAGCAUUUGCA